UGAGCAUGGUUGUGAGAAUACCUGGAGAAUUUAUCAAGGAACGCUGUUUGUGGCUUAAGUUAUAGGCAGUUUUAUUUGGAGGUCGGGAUUAAAUAACAUCAGCCUCAGGAUCUAUCUCGCAUCACAACUGUUGUGAAACUUGAAAUCACAGCUAAGAAGGAAGAAUACUUAUAAGUAACAAUUUGGAUAAAAGGAGGACUUGGACUGGACUGAACUUCAUAUGACUCAAAAUUGCAGAGUGAUGGCUUCUCACAAGCGGCUUCUCAGUGCCCUCAGGAGUAAUGGACCUGCUCGACGAACCCUGUUUGGCCCUGUUGACAGAGAGCAGCUGCAACUGGAGUACCAAACUGCCCUACGUAAAGACCUGGAGGAGGCGUCCCAGCGCUGGGGCUUCGAUUUCAUCUCAGACAAGCCUUUGGCGACCAGUGAUUUCCAGUGGGAGGAUAUCCGUGGCACCAGGGUACCACUACUCUACAGAUCCUGCAUGCAUGGUGUUGGACAGGGAGAAAAGAAGAGAGCAGCAGUGACAACGGUUUCUCCCAAAAGAGAAAGGGUGGAGCCACUACAGUGUGAGAAGGAGAACAUCCCUCAUACACAAGAGAGAUGUCCCCUCAAACUGGAGAGCUGGGAGAAAACACCAGAGAGGGCAGAGAGCACUGGCAUAAAGAGGAAACAGACAAACAUUACAGAUUUCUAUCAAGCUAAAAGAAGAGUAGUUUGGAUGCCGAGGAAAUCCGGGGAGUGAUAUUCCCUGAAAAGGUGCCAAUAUUCCAAGAAAUCCACAUAAACAGUACCUCACUCAGGAAUCAUAUGUUCUACAGAAACUCUCACUGGAUGGUCUUGUACCUGUGAAUCAUCAGAAAUUUGAAGGUUACUACAAGGUAUAUUAGGGUACUGUAUGUGAGGGGGAGUUUGGUGCUUUUCCCAGUAGUAGGGAAAGGGGACAUUUAAGCAGAGAAGAUUAACAAUAAUCCCUGGAAUCGGUGGAUUUAUACUCAUUUGGAUCAAGGGGUUGCCAAAGUGUUUAUGGACAUUUGCUACUGUAUAUUCCACAACACUUAAAACAGUCACUUGUCAGCUUUGUGAUAACUCUCUACCUCUAACAAGACAGAGAUAAGAUGGAUGAGCACAUAUCAGGUGUCAUGUUGGUUAUUACAUUAAUAAACCUAUAUGUUGUGUGAUCACUGUCACAUAAUGAAACAAAUGAGUUCAUGCAACAAAGCUGCCGAAUAACUGAAAACAGUAGAAAAUGGAUGAAGCACUUUGUCUCCUUUGUUCUAAUCAACUUGUUUUUUUGUUUGUUUUUUUUUACAAAAUGUGUAUUAUUAGUGCUAGGAGUCUUUUUUAAGUGUAUUAUACUUUGUUGUACUCAUCGGAGAAUACUCAAGGAGUUCUGAUAUCUUGAACACACGUUUGCUUUGCUUAGAUUAUGACAGAAGUGCCAAAAUGUCUUUUUCCAUCUUAUCUGUCUACUGUGUUUAAAAUCAUUUUUAAAAUCUCCAUACUUGUCCUGUCCAGACUCUUGACAUGAGAACAUCGGGUAAUGUAAUUUACGUGUUUAUCACCAUGUCUCUGAAGCUUUUAAACAUAGAUAUAUAGUGUAUAGCAGAAAUGUAUUUAUAGAGUUUAACACAGCACUGUUAAGCAGCAUAUUCAUAAGAACAUUGCAGUAUUGCACAUAAAUCUGAUGGCGGUAUUUAUGCAGCACCAUAUUGCCAGAGCCUUUGUAGCAUCUGAGUUUUGGUGUUUUCAGCUCUGUAAAGGACAAUCAGAAGAAAGUGUCUUUAGAAGCAAAUGUAUUUACGGGCUUCAUUGUUUUCUAUUUUGAGGCACAGUGCAAUGAAUCAGACAAACUGUAUGUUUGUUCAUGACAUUUGUGUCUGUUCUGGCAAAUCCUGCUGCUAUGGAUAAUCUGAAUGAGUGUCAGACAAGGUCACUGUAAUGCUAAUCCUUUACAUAUUGAUAACUAAGAAAGUUCCCCAAACAAUGAAUGCACUUCUGUUAAUAGAUGCUUGAGCACCGAUCCUACAUGUUGUUUUCUGUUAAAAAUUACAAAGGAAUCUAUCCUUAUUUAUUGCGAGAUGCUAUGCCUUAUUUUAAUCUAGAAUGUGUCUGAUGAUGAGAAUUCAAAUUGAAAUAAAAUCUCAAAAUUG